AUGCCAGGGUAUCGUUUGGCAAAUCCUGACAAGGAGAAGAUUGAUGCGAAGUACUUUUGUUCAUACUGUCAACUUUUACUGAGAGAGGCCAUGCAAACAAGCUGUGGCCAUUUCUAUUGUCAAUCUUGUCUGGGAAAUCUCAUACAGUAAGUUUCUAAACACUUUCAAAAAAUUAAUAGUUACUUUAAAAAUAUAUAUAUAUAGUAGUCUCAAGCGUACGAUUGUAUUUGUCAUUCUGGAUAAAUACUUUCGUUGCAAUAAUUUAAUCUGUACGUCAUAUAUAUACCAUGGAAUCGUGUUUACGGGGAAGAAUUCAACUAGCAGUGGGUGUUGAUAUAAGAGAUAUUGCUAGUCGUUGAACAGGACAAUCCUCUGAUUAUAUAGACCGGCUUCAACGUCGAUCUUAUAGUAUGUACAUGGUAUCUAUAUAUCUAAUAGAAGGGGUUGUAGGGUCUGAAUCUUAGGGUAGGGACUAAAGUUGAACAACAGAACAAAGCAACCGAGUAAAUCAAAUUAAAUGAAAAACAAAAUAAGCAUAGACUUUUUUGGAUAUCAUUGUACAGUCAUACAGUUAUGGUUGAAUAAAUUUGUACCACAUUGCUGUUAGCAGCUAUUUGUAUAAUGUCCCUGUUACCGUGCAAGUUUGAGUAAUGUGAGGUUGCUUAGCAGUGAUUCAGGGGAUAUCGAUGUGGACAUUAUCCAUAGCAGUGAUUCAAGAUGACUGGUCAUAAAGAUCUCAGUUUCACAGAUCAAAUCCUUGCUGGACUACUGAUGUUGCUUGAGAAUAUAGUAGCAGGAACAUCACUUUUGGACCUUUUGGGUACUUCCAUUGAUGAGCAGUAUCAUGUAAUAAUAUUAGUUAGCUCUCAGUUUUGUAUAGUAGGUGUGAGAGCGGACCUUCACUUCUUACAGGUCUGCUGUCGCAAUUGGUAAUAAUCAUCGUACUUUGUAAUACCUGUCGCAAUUUGUAAUAAAUUCAUCGCACUUUGUAAUUCAUGUCGCACUUUAUAAUAAAAAAGCUGUCGCAAUUUGUAAUAACUGUCCAUCGCACUUUGUAAUAUACUAUGCCUUCUCAAUUUUUAGUAAUUCAAUCGCACUUUGUAAUAAUGUUUUGAGAGUGAUUCAACUUACUUCGCCAACAUUAAUUAUAUAUAGAUUUAGCCAGGGCUAAAAGCGAAGCUCCCAUUAGUAAAUUUAUAAUUUAAAUCAAACAAACUUGUGAUCCACAAAUCAGUUAGGUUAAAGGCACAUUCAUGUGACAUUUUAGGAAAAGGCUAAGUUAUUUCUUAUAUCGAGUUGAUAGCCUUAUAUGUACACCCAAAAAAUAGCAAACAUCUUCAAUCACAUUCAAGAGCCAUAAUGGCUCUUGAUCGCAGUAGAUUAGGCCUCGAAAACAAAUUCUUGGAAAACAAAUUUUUUUGCGUUCGAUAGGUUUACUUUACAAAUUCUUGCCAACAAAUCUGGGGGUGUGUAAACCAACCUUUUAUAUUCUUUAUACAUCACAUCUGAGGUGAAACAGUACUAUUUAUCAUACAGACCUGGGACAGAAUGCGGCAUUUCACAAUGUUUCGAGACAAAUUGCACUUAGUCAAUAUUCAGGACGAUCAAUCGUGGGCUUUUAGCGAAACCGUUAAAAAAAUCCGAAAUCACCCGUACGGGCAGCAGGUUCUCAUUUCUAGUGCGAGCUGUCAGUGUGGUCGAGUGUUUGAAUGAACUUUAAUAGAGUUACGCUUCAACAUAAUAACGAAUUAAUUAAUUUUUUUUUUUUGUUAUUUAAUGGUUUCAGUUAUAACGAUGUGUAAUCUUAUAAAGCGUUUGAUACGCGCGACAUUUUUGACUACUCCUGCAAGCGAUGUUCAUGAACGAUGAAAACAAACGGCACGUCACAGGCGAUUAAAAUUGCAAGAAAGACUACUAACAGUCAAUAAAAGAAAUAUGAUUCGGUGACACAUUUACAGAGGCAACAAUUUUCAUUCACGAAGACAGGUAUUAAAGUGUGUCUAAAAAUCCUGAGUCUUUAAGCUUAAGUUAAUUAUGUUUUACUUUAAGCCGGCCUCCGGGUGUUUGCUUUUUUCAAAGACGAACUCCUCGAAGCAAGAAAAUCGCUCAAAGGUUUCUUUCUACAGCCAAAUUUAUAACUAAAUAUCCUUCGGAACGUUUUCUUUCUAUUUGCGGUGAGAAAAUAUAUCUGAAGGCCUUUUAAAGUUCUGUAAGCUUGUAUCAAACCUGACACUAGGUCAGAUCAUUGACUCAAAUCUUACAAACGUACAUAAACUUGCCGCAUAAACUGUGCUCGACUUCAUGAAAUUAGAUAUAACAAAAACAAACAUCAAAUACAAUAAUUACUCAGGCUUACCAAUCUAGAUUCAGUUCCUGAAAACUAUCAAGGAAGGCCACAGUUGCUUGAGACUUUUACACCCUCUUACGCAUUAAGCAAGACGAAAACGAUGCCAUCCGAAAUCGGAUUACCGAAUUUUGACAAGCGACGCAUUUCUCCAUGAAUAACAGAAGACUCUUGAUAGCAGCUGUAUUUCAUUUUGUCAUCCAGUGGAAAAAGACAGUUAAAAACAUCACUGACAAGUUGACACAAAACUCUGUAAGCUUCAGCGCAAGCUGUCAAAGUAAGCAACUUUCAAGAUGCUGCAUAAAUUUUCCGCAUGAACUCACCUGUCAAAUUUUGACCAAUCAGAGCAUAAAAAUUGGACCCAGAGCGUGACCAACGCGUGUCCAUGGUAAGAAAAGGUCUUUCCCGCCUGUAUUUUUAAAAAAACUGGCUAAAUUUUCGCGUCCGAGGUCAGUUUGAAAUCAAAAUCUUAAUAGUGCGGGGCCAUAGUGACAUAAACACAACAUAUUUCGUAUGAAUCAUUGAAAAAAAUAAACUUGAGCCUGCGAUCAUUUGAAACUGGUAAUUUGUCAACGGAUAACUUCAAAAAAUACUCGACCUCGAUGGGUCGACACUUGAGCCCGCGGUACGGUCAGGUGAUACUGGUCAGCCGAUACCCUGUUUUGACAGCUGUCAAUUGAUCACAACAUUGAUGUGCAAUUAGUUUUCUCCUGGGCUCCCAAACUGGCUAGAAAGUGUAAGAGUAAACAUUGGUUUCCCUGUAGUGCAGACGGACGGUCGUUCGUUCGUUCGUUCGGUGUACGGUCACGUGAUUACCAAAUUUUCUGGAAUGGGUAGAUUACCUUAGCUAUGGGGCUCCGCCCACGCGCGCCCUUCGCGCGCGCGUGGAGCUCCGCUAUAAUGCCAAAAUAUGAAUGGUACUUCGUAAACAAAGAUGAUGACGUCUCGAUCUGCAAGCACGUAACUUACAAAAUUACUUUUAUAAUUUAUAUCUGCGCUCAUUGAAACCAUUUAACUUAUUCACGGUCCUAAACAUUUUUUUAAAAUUAAUGUUGAUUAGUUAUCUGACGUACGAAAUUCUGUAUUCUUAAACCUUGCUAUUGUAUUAGGUGGUUUGCAUGCAGUGGUUACCUGGGGGGCGUACUCGAUCCCUCAUCCCUUAUAUGGCCAAUGCGGGGAUGUGCCGCUGGACAGAGCGUUGUCAGAGUACAGAAUCUAGACACACUAGACACAAACGAGCCAUUAUUAAAAGAAAUUUAAUUUCCACAAAUCGUAACAUCCAUCCUUACAUCAUUCAAAUAAAGACACCGGAAAAGCUUCCCUUUUUAGAUCUGAUAACAGGUCGACACAACACCGUCCUUGUCUGACGCGCAAUCUUAAAAGAAGUAAUAGUGGCUUCUAUAUUUUGGCUAACUUAAUCAGACGACGCCUGUAAAAAUUCAAAAUGUAAUUUACUGCAAAUAAACAAAAAGAUCACCAGUGGCGAACCGUCGAACGAAAACAGAAACAUAAACACACAAUCCAAUUAUUCGCUGGCCGAUACCUUUGUAUGUACCUGUUUUUAUAAAACUCACUUGGAAUCAUACGCGGAGCCGGCUGGCCAUUUGGUCCAUUAUUCUCUCUUGAUUUUGGCCCCAUAGAGGAACAAAAAGAGUAUCAUUCCAUCUUAAAACAAUUUUUUUCUAUGGAGCUCUCUAAAACAAAUACCGUUUGGAUAGUAAAAAAUUCUCCUUCCCUGUAUACAACUCGUAAGACCUUGCAAUUCUUCCGAGCGUGUUUAGGAUUAUUCUUUUUUCCACAAAAUGCAAAGGAUAAUAAACCAAACCAUCCAUUACUACUUGAGUUACCCUAUCUAAGGGUCAAACCAAAGACACAAAGCCAACAAGGUAAAAAUGAUACCCUAUUUAAGGUUCGAGAUCCUCAGCAGUACUUACCUACCUAGCCCAUACAUGUAUAUGGGAUUAUCCCUCCCCCCCACCCCGAAGACUUCAAGUGUCACGUGGCAAGUAAACGUGGAUUGGGACGACGAAUUCCAGGUUAUUCAUGAAUUUUCUGUUGUUAAAUAUUGGUUUUGUUAUUCAAAUAUUUUUGAAUUCAAAUAUAUGAAAUGACUCAUAUCUUUUUUUUGGUGACAUGUCACAGGAAGUUUCUAGUCUUUCAUAAAAGCGAUUCUCGUUGGUCACGUGAUUAAUUAAGGCAGAAAAAUUUAUGUCGGAAGACAUGCAUGUUUGACCAAAGAAAAUAAUCUAAGUUUAUGACAAAGUGCGAUGGAAUUAUUACAAAUUGCGACAGCUUUUUUAUUACAAAGUGCGACACGGUUUAUUACAAGUUGCGACAGGUAUUACAAAGUGCGAUGAUUAUUACAAAUUGCGACAGUACCCUAGCCUUCCGAAUCAAUAUCAAAUAUCUCAGAAUGAAUGAACGGUUUUUAAGACUGUUCGAAGAUUAAUUUUAUAAUUGAUUAAUUUAUUGAUUAUUGUAAUACACAAAGUGUCAUCUUGUAAAUCACCUGAACAUCGGGCCAACAAAAUUUGUAAGAUGUAUACUCUUACAUUUAGGGAUCAAUUAUCAGUAAUAAUGGUCUGCCUCGUGGACCAGAAACAUCUUCAGAAAAAUGAGGUAUGCCUUUUCUUUUACAUACUACUUUUGAUUUCCC